AUGUUUGACGACUUUGUGCAGAGCUCGUCAUCGCAGCAUACUCCACCAAUCCCGAACCAAAAGCGCCAAAUUUCCUACACCCACAACACAGGUGCCAAUGGCCAAUACUCUACUCCGCCUCGCUUUGGAGCUCACACGUACGACUCGAUCAAUGACGGCUUCGAAGAUGAUACCUACGGAGGUCGUGGUAUUGACGGCGACGAUGCUCCUCACGAUGGGUUCGGAUCGUCCAUGCUCGACCCCAUCGCGGCACUCGAGACCGGUUUCAUCUCCUCGGAUGCAGGCCCAUCCUCGCAUUCAGAUCCCAUCUUCCAGCUCGGCAGGGUCCAGUACGCCUUCUCGGCACCUUUGGCUCUCAUGACCGUCUCAUCCAAUAUCCUCACAAUGUGCCUGUAUGCAUAUCCUAAGCCUUCUCAAGCGUCUAGUCCGUUCCCGACGGCCCCACCAAAGCUCGUCCGCAUCAACCUCGACGAUCCAGAACACACUCAAGAAGCCGAUGUACCUAUUCCGCCAGCGCCGCGCUCUGCACGCAAUGCGCCUCCGCCAGAUCUCAGCACGCUUGGCCCGCACAAGAUGUUCGCCGACCCCUCCGGUCUCCAUCUCGUGUUGGCAAUGCGGAACGGUGACAACUACUAUUGGGCCAGCGGUUGGAGAAAGGCGCGACUACUACCCAAACUCAAAGGUCACAUCAUCGAGAGUGUUGCGUGGAACAAGGACAGCAGCGCAUCGGCUGCCCGAAAACGUGCGGCCAACAGUACUCCUGCCGUGUCCACCACACGGCAGAUCCUCCUGGGCACCAGAUCAGGAGAUAUUUACGAAGUAGUCAUCACAGCCGCGGUAGGCAGCGAUCCUGAUGAUGGCGACAUCUUUGACAAGAUCGCCCGACGAACAGGAGGAAAUGGAGGCGAACGCGGAGAUGUCGAACGUGUCGUGCGACACAUGACUACUUUGCCAGAGCGACAGCCGGUCACAGGCCUUGUCGCCGAGAUAUUCCCUCGCAAUGCCUCAGCUGCAUCAGGUGAUUCAUCCGCCAACGGCUUGGCCUCAGCAUCGAGCGACCUACGUCGAGCUGUCGUCAUCGCUACCACAAGCACGCGCAUUUACGAGUAUGUCGGCAUCCUCGCCAAACCACGCACAGACGAGGUCGACUCGCAAUCGCUCUUCGACAAGCUCUUCCUGCCGUAUAGGGGCGACUCCUCACCCAAUCUCAAGUCCGAGCUGCCUGGUGACCUUCCCUACUCGGAGCUGCACACAUGGACUCCUACCUCUUCCAAGCACAUCUCGGCACUUGCAUGGUUGACCGGGCCUGGUGUCUACCAUGGGCUGCUCUCUUAUCCGCCGGACGCAACAGCGGGCGACAGCGUCAUUGAGACCGCCAACCUCUUGCCAUAUCCAGCUAUCGCUAUUGAAGACGAAGACAGCGCAAGUCCCACCAAGCGACGCAGCCGCAUCAGCACAGCCUCCAAUGGUGACCCUGGCGAGUUUGGUGACGGUGGCGCACCCAUCACAGAGAUACCGCUUAGCAUCGCUUUGACAGAGUUCCACUUUGUCUUGCUCUAUCAGGACCGAGUUAUGGCCAUCAGCUCGCUUGACGAUCAGGUCAUCUUUGAAGAAGCACUUCCACUCAAACCCAAUGAGCGCGUCAUCGGCACUGCGGUCGACGUCACCAAGCAAACCUUUUGGGUCUACACCGAUGCAAGCAUAUUUGAGCUUGUCCUUCGCGAUGAGGAUCGCCACGUAUGGCGUGUGCAUCUUGAUCGAGGCUCCUUCGAUAUGGCUCUCAAGUUUGCCAAGCCCGGAAUCCAACGAGGUACGGUUCUCUCGUUCCAGGGCGAUCGUUUCUUUGCCGAAGGCAAAUACAUUCAAGCCGCGCAGUGCUAUGCCCAGACCUUCAUGCGCGCAUUUGAGGAGAUCGUCUUGCGCUUCACCGACGUCGACCAGCGCGAUGCCCUGCGCUACUACCUAGUCAUGCGUCUCGAGCGACUCGACAAGACUCACGACGUCACUCAGCGCGUCAUGCUUGCCACAUGGCUAGUCGAGAUUUAUCUGAGCAAGAUCAACCAGCUCGAAGAUGUCGCUGCUGCAGAGGCGGCCAGCCAAGACGUCGACAACUAUCGCCUCGAGAUCACCAUGAUCACUGAAGAGCUGCACCAAUUCCUCGGUACCUAUCGGACACUGCUGGAUCCGCAUACCACUUUUGACCUCAUCAAGAAGCACGGUAGGUCCGACGUAUACCUUCACUUUGCGUCUGUCAUUGGCGACCACCAGCGCAUUGUCCGACAUCAUGUACAGUCCAAGCAGUGGACCAAAGCUAUCGACGCCAUCAACAAGCAAGACUCGCUCGAACUCUACUACAGCUUUGCCUCUGUGCUCAUGCGGCAUGCCCCUGCCCAAACGGUCGACUGUUGGUCUCGCCAGCGCAACCUCGAGCCACGCAAGCUCAUCCCUGCGUUGCUGCAGCACAGGCCUGAUCUCACUCUAGGAGAGACGGAUCAAGCGGUCAAGUAUCUGAGCACCAUCGUCGCUGGCAAAAGUGGGAGCAAGGAUGCCGCCAUCCACAAUCUACUUCUCACGCUGAUGGCACGUCGAGCGUCGCGCUACCCUGAGCGAGAAGAUACAAAGCAAGAGCUCCUGCGCUUCAUCGAUGAAGCGAAGCCCGACCCGUUGACCGGUCAGCCUUACUUUGACCUCGACUAUGCGCUGCGCACGUGUCUGUCUCAGGGCCAGAUGGAGGCGUGCGUACGCAUCUAUGCCAAGAUGAGCCUGUUCGAGUCGGCUGUCGAGCUGGCGAUCCGCGAAGGCGAGAUCGAGCUUGCCUGCAGCUGUGCCGACUUGGCCGAAGCCAUGGACCGCGAUCUGCGCAAGAAGCUGUGGCUCAGAGUCGCAAAGGAAGUCGUACGCACCGCUGCCGACAUCAAAUCAGCCAUGGCGUUCCUGCGACGCACCGACCUCAUCUCGAUUGAAGACGUACUGCCCUUCUUCCCCGACUUCGCUGUCAUCGACGACUGCAAGGACGACAUCUGCGAGGCUCUGGAAGGGUACGCAGCGCACAUUGAAGAGCUCAAAGACGAGAUGGACGAAGCUUCACGUUCGGCUGCCGCCAUCCAGCAGGACAUUGCCAAACUCAGCGAGCGAUUCGUGACGAUCGAGCCGGAUCAAAAGUGUCACCAUUGCAUGCAGGUGCUAGUGCAGCGCCAGUUCUACAUCUUCCCCUGCAGACACGGGUUCCACGCCGACUGCCUGAUCGGGGAGGUAACGAAGACCAUGUCUACGCGCAGCUUGAGAAAGUUGCUCGAGUUGCAGCAGCAGAUUUCGGCGCUGACGAGCGGGCUGGUGCCCGCACUGCCGAGCUCUGCACUGGCGAACAUGGGCUUCCUCAAGGAUGGGUCCAAAGCGGUGGUCAACGCUGCUCAGGGUGCCAGGCAGGCCGGAAUGAGUGGGUUGCAACUGAGCGCGAGGGGGUUGGGCAACGUCACAGCUGCAGUUGGGUUGGACAAGCUGCGCGAGCUCGUGGUGCCGGAUGCCGUGAUCAGUGCUAUCUCUGCCGGUGUGAGCGUCAGCGUCGCAGGUGGCAGGAGGGUGCUAGCACCGCUGGAUCCGUUUUCGAAUCCUACGACCGAUUGGGUCGCUGGUUCUCGUACCGCAGCCCAACGGCGAGCAGCUGCGUUGAUCGCUUCGUCGGACGGCGAUGCGAACGGAGCAGGCGAGGAUGGCAGUGGAGCGGACAAGAAGAUGAUGGGUUCAGCAAGGAGUAUUGAGGAUCAGGAGAGGAUACAGCAGCUCCGUGAUCAGCUGGACGCGCUCAUCGCCGGAAGCUGCCCCAUGUGCGACGGAACGGCCAACGCGAUUGGCAGGCCGUUUAUUUCGGAUAAGGAGGCGGCAGAUGAGUGGGCUCUGUAG